AUGUUACCAGUGUACUUGUUGACCCUGCUGCUGACAGGAACAGAUUCAGCAACUAUGUUUGACUGCCCUAGCGAUUGGUUAAACAACGACUUCACUUGUUACAAGUUUUUGUUUGACCCAAAGGCCUCUUAUGAAGAAGCGCGUGCAUCCUGUGCAAUAAUGGGAUCGUCCUUAUUGUCAGUGGGCAGUCUAAGUGAGCAUAAUUUUAUCAACAAUUGGCUGCAACAAAAUGACUUUUACAGGAAUGUAUGGUACACCAGUGGUAUUCAGGAAACAGGAAGCUCCAAUGUCUAUAGAUGGGCCAGUGAUAGUUCUUUAAUCUCAUCAGAUCUACAGUUCUGGCUUGCCAACCAGAACAAUGUUCAGGGCGAAGUCAUCGUCUACAAAUUUGAUGGUGCCAGUUAUGGGUGGAGUAAAUCGGCUAAGGAUGUGAUGCUCUCUUACAUCUGUGAGAUUAGUCAGGAGGAAGCUUAUCGACUAGUGCAGGAGAAACGAGACUUCGAUUAUGGACAAGUGGUGUCAAAUAUGGACGACAUCAUGUUUGGACCACAGAUGACAGUGCAGCCACAGAGUGUUAUAGUGGUUUCACGGGCAACUAAGGCUGUGUUGGAAUGUCGUGCCCUUGGAAACCCACGUCCCCAAUAUACCUGGUACAAGAUGGUCAAUGGUUCUGAGGUGAUGAUAACGUCCAGUGUGGACGACCGAUUUACACUAACCAACGGAAAACUUACGAUCCAGAAUCCUAACGAAGAUGCAGAUGCUAAUGAACGUUACCAGUGUACCAUAGAGAACAAAUAUGGAAAGAUAUUCAGUGAUCCGGUGUCUCUUUCUUUUGGUUUCUUGGGGGACUUCUCGAAUGUACAGGACGCACCUGUGUACGCCUUUGCCUACGAUGGGGCUGUGAUCAAAUGUAGCAACAUCAAAUUCAAACCAGCUGCGGUAUUUAACUGGCAGAGAGGGGAAAAGAAGGAGUAUAUAUUUGCCUCUACAACACCGUAUACCUUCAUCUCCAGUAAUGGUCAGCUAUACUUCUCUGAGGUGACCCGAGUGGAUGAGGGGGACUAUUACUGUCAAAUCACACUGACGGCUCUGUCUGGCACUGCUCUAGGGACAUCACAGGCGCCAAGUAAAACCAGUCUGGUCAUCACACUCAGUAUCAUUGACCAAGCUGCCAAAACUGACUGGGGACCAGUCAUCCAGGAUGAUUUCAUUGCAGUGUUUCCACAGCCUCCUCUAAAGGGUCAGGAUGUCCGACUGGAGUGUUUUGCUUAUGGAUCGGCCCAGAACUACAUGGACAUGUGGCAUUACAGCUGGAGUCGAGAGGGCCAGCCAAUGCCAGAGACCGCUAAGUAUGAAAACUUUUACCGUGUUUUAAUUAUCCAGAAUGCACGAUUAGAGGAUCAAGGCAACUACACCUGUUUGGUUCGCCGUGGCAACAAGGCAGCGGACAGUAAAACACUCUACCUCCGACUGGAGGCUAAACCCUACUUUAUAUUGGGACUACAGAACCAACAUGUGGAUGUGGGUGGCCAGCUGACAUGGCGCUGUGAAGCCAAUGGCUAUCCAUCUCCAGUGUACCAGUGGUACAAAAAUGGUGUGGAACUUGUAAAUUCCAAUGGUGGAGACUUGACCAUUACUGGUAACAACCUGGUGAUUCGGUCCCUGAACAAGGAUCUGCAUGAUGGCAUGUACCAGUGUAGUGCCACCAACGUCCAUGGUACCAGUUUUAGUUCUGCACAGCUCCGAGUAUUAGGUUUCCCUCCAACUUUUGCCAAGUAUCCAGUGACCGAAGAAUUCAUUGGAGCUUUGAAUGGCAACCUAACAAUUGUGUGUCGACCUGAGUCAGCUCCGAAAGCAACUAUCACAUGGCUCAGAAAUGGUGCCAACAUGAACCUGCGGGUGUCUUCUGUGGAAACGGGGGACCGUGUGAGACUUUUACCAAAUGGCUACCUAUAUAUGACUAAACUGACCUAUGGUGACAAUGGCUUGUACACUUGUGUGGCAGAGAACAUACUUGGAAAAGCCACUAGCUCGGGGCGACUUACCAUUAAACAGGGCACUGUGAUCACCCGUGGCCCACAAGCAGAAACCAAGGUGGUAAUGAAUGAAACGGCCUUCCUCCCGUGUGAGGCAUCGUAUGAUACCAAUCUGGACCUGGUCUAUGUGUGGAAGUUCAAUGGCCAUGAUAUAGACCCAGACGUGGACGUCCAUUACAAAGUGGUGAUGUCAUCAUACCUAAAGGGCUUGUAUAUUCAGAAUGUUCUCUUCAAACAUGAAGGAACUUACGAGUGUGUGGCUAAGACUCCGCUCAAUCAGGCCUCAGUGUCGGGCUUCUUAGAUGUUCUGGGACCACCUGGAGAACCUGCCGGAGUGUUUGGGGAUUCUAAAACUGUUACUUCCUACUCCAUCCGUUUACACUGGUUCCCUGGUCAUGACAAUGGACGUACAAUCAUCUUCUAUCUCAUACAGUCUGAGAUGGAAUAUGAUCCAGGAGUGUGGAGAAACGAGGUAGAGAAUAUCCCAGAUAUAGAGACAAUUGUUCCGACCACAGAAGCCAGUGACAUGCAUAGUUAUGUGGUGACAGGCUUGCGUCCUGGCAACGGGUAUCGCUUUCGUGUGCAGGCUAUCAACACGUUUGGAUAUGGAGAGUUCAGCAUUCCAUCUGAUGUGUACCAGACAAACCCUGCCCCACCAUCAGUUGCCCCUAGCCAUGUCCGUGGGGGAGGUGGCAGUGUAGGAGACCUCACAAUGAAAUGGGAUAAGCUGUAUCGUAUAGACCAUGGUGGACCAGGUGUAGGCUACUAUCUGUACUGGAGGCUGUAUGACCCAAACCCUAUCAAUGAUGGUGUUAAGUUCAACCAUAAAAAGAUAUACGAUUACACAAAAGAAAAAUAUGUAAUGUUGGUAGGGGAGAACAACUUCUACCUCCAGUAUGAGGUAAAAAUACAAGCCUUCAACAAUUAUGGCAGAGGACCUAACUCCAGUGUUGUUCUGGUCUACUCAGCAGAGGGCAUGCCAGUCGCAGCACCUCAAGGGUUGUAUUGUGAUGGUUACAAUGCCACUGCCAUGACAGUGACCUGGCAAGCAGUACCUGACACCAGGGAAACAAUGAAAGGACGAGUUAGAGGUUACCAGGUGAACUACUGGUUCAGUGAAGACACAGACCCAGUGUACAAACAGUACAUUCGUUACCCAGGACAGUUGGAAGAGGCAAUAGUAAUCGGGCUGUGGGAUGACUCCAACUUCUGGUUUGAGGUUCAGGUCUACAACACAGCAGGGCUCGGACCACUCAGUGAAAAGUUUAUACAGGAAACCCUACAUCUUGCUCCCCAGUUAUACCCACAGGAAGUCCAUGUGUUCUCCCAUGGAGCAAACAGUGUACGGUUAACAUGGCGAGGAGUCAGUACAGCUGUAGAGGAAGCCGUUCUCUUGGGAUAUUAUAUUUACCUGUGGCCAGCUAACGAGCACUACCGAACAGCCAAGAUGAUUGAGACAGAAAAGUUUGAUGUGGAAUUUAUCCUAAAUGACAUUGAUAAGGGCAAGGUAUAUGCUGUACGUGUGGCUGGUUUCAGUGACGGUGGGGAAGGAAAGAAGUCUCCAACCCUAUACUUUACUUUGGGUGGUCAAGUACCCAUUGACCCGACAGUGUCAGAGAUCCGAGCAGGUGCCCCUCCCACAAGCUGUCCUGUUUUCCUCCUGCUAGCGCUGUCCCUUCUAUUUAUGUUUCUGUGA